AUGAAACAACGGAUAGGAGUCGGUAUACUAGCCUUAACAAGUAUAAUACUAACUGGCAUUUACUGGAAAGCAACUAAAGCAGCAUUAGAGGAAGAUACAUCAACUGUGAUAAGAGCUGAUCGCAUUUAUACAAAUUCAAGCGACGACACCGAUUCUUCUCUAUUCGUUUACAGAGCUUAUUAUACUCGAACUCGACAUAUUCGACUUUAUUCAAUUAACAAAUGUUUAUCACCUAACUUCAGUUUAAUUGGCAAAAUUGGUAAGCUAACAAUAGAAUUCUGGCCACAACCAUUAGAAGGAACCUGUCCAUGGCGAUGGGCAGACGAAUGUUUGUAUAAUACAUAUAUGCUGGAAUCAACUCAAAAAAUUCCUAAAGGAACUAAAGUAAACAAAUUAACUUUAUAUCGCAAGGAUAAGAAAACAACUAUUGAUGUUCAUGAACCUGUACGAAAGCUUAAGAAAGGUCUGACUGUCUGUGUGCCACCACUCUACUGGUAUACUGAUUGGGUAAAACUGAUAGCUUUCAUGGAAUGGUGGAAGCUACAAGGAACAUCCAAGUUCAUCAUAUACUCACACUCAACAAACAGAGAAGUGAAACAAGUUCUUGAUCAUUAUGAAGAUGAAGGUAUUCUCCAAAUUGUUGAUUGGCCUGAGCUACCGACCACGACAGAUGAAAAUCCAAAUCUUUCACUUUAUCGACUGGGUCAUUCUAUGGCACACAACGAUUGCGUUCAAAGAAUUGGAACAGAGCUAGGAGCUUUGGUAGAUAUCGAUGAAAUGCUUCUAUUGAAACAGAAAUACCUUGUGCCUACAGCUCAGGAACUUUUUGACGAGUUCCCACUGUUAGGAGCAGUAUUGUUCCCUCAUUCCAUUUUAAUCUUGGAACCUCCUCUCUACUCCCACGAUUUUGUUUUGGAUUUUGCGAAAACCGAUUUCAGUGGAAUUUUAACACCAACCACAGCAAACAUCACCGGCCCACGAAAAACACUUUUCCGUACUGAAGCUGUACGUCGAUUGGCUACUCACCAAGUAUCACAAUUUGAAGGCCACUCUUGGUUCUCACAAAAAUUGACUCCAUCAACCGCUCAGCUUCUUCAUAACCGUUAUAACUAUGCUACUGGACAGGAUUGGCAUUCACGACCUGUAUCUAUGCUACCUCCCGAUGUGAAUGCAAAAGAUUUCCAAGGCAGACUUAUACAUACAAUGAAAACUAUAUUCCCAUUCGGAGCAGCUUUCAAUCCUGGUACACAGAACGCUCUUGGUGUCUGCUUGGGAAGUUGGCGCGAAGAAGGAUGCAAAACGCCUCUGACAAGUUGUCGCGAUUUGAUUGAAAAAAUGGAAGUAUGGGUGUUUACGGAAGAAACUGAUGUCUACAGGAUAAUCUAA